GUUGUUCUUCCGCUCUUUGGUUUCCUUUUCCUUCGCUGUAACGCUGCUGAGUCAGUCGCCCACAACAUUGACCUCGAAACUUCGAAAAUCUCAUCGUCGAUUCAAGGAUACACUUAACGAUGGGGCCUUCUUGUCCCAAUGGGGAAACUGCGGUUGACACAUUGGACUGGAGAACUCAAUUGCAAUCUGAUGCGCGUGAGAGCAUUGUCAACAUGAUAACGGAAGCACUAAAGAAACAACAUCUUCCAUUUGCUGGACCAGAGGGAGUCAACGAGCACAGGAAAAUUGCUUCCAGAUUUGAGGAUAAAGUUUUCAACAGUGCUGCUAACUUGAAUGAAUACCUUCGGAAAAUAUCCUUAGAGGUGCUGACGAUAGAAAACACGGUUAAGAGUGCAGCUGAUCCUUCGAUACCUAUCCCUGAUGCUAAUAACACCACACCCUUCAAUUCGGUCGGUAAGGCUAAUGUCGAUGUAGGAAGCCUAAGGGACAAUAACAGUCUGAGGCCUUCUUCUCUUCCCAACAGAGAACCUGCCUUGGACACAGGAGACUGGAGAACUCAACUGCCACCUGCUGCUCGCCGGAUGAUUGUCAACAAUAUAACGGAUACACUAGUGAAGCACCAUUCCGGGACAGAGAGGACCAACGAGCUCAGGGGUUUUGCUGCCAGAUUAGAGGAGAAUAUUUUCAACAGUGCUGAUCACCAGAUCGAUUACCUUCGCCAAAUAUCCGCAAAGAUAUCUCUCCUUGCUGCAAACAACAGCCUACCAUUGGAUCUAGGUAAUGUUGCCAUAAACAGAGGUGACUGGAGAGCUCUACAUCCACCAGGUUCACGCCAGAAGAAUGUCAACACGCUAUUGGAAACACUGAAGAAACAUGUUCCGUAUUCUGGGGAAGAAGGAAUCGAAGAGCUCAUGAGAAUUGCUGUCAGCUUCGAGGAGUUAAUUUUCAACACCGCGAAAAAUCAGGUAGAUUACUUGAGCAAAUUAUCCUUAAAGAUGCAGACUAUGGAAGAGGGAAGCUAAGUCAAAUAAUGGGAGUUUUCAAAGCGGUUUAAAACUUUCUAGGAAAAGCUAGUCAUAUACAUACUUGUACAUAAAGAAAGAAACCUUGAAGAGUUAAAAAGGAAAGGCAUGAAAAAACAUGUCAAGUGUAUACCAUUGGGGCCAUUUCUGGUUUCUCCAACAUCAAUUGAAAAAGUCAUUAUUUAGCUUAUUUGCUAUC